AUGACUACUACAAUCGAUCACCACCGCGUGCAUCUCGCUUUAGCUCCGAUGCACCGCACGCCUCGAAUGAGUUUCAUUCCAACCGAACUCUUCGUCGCUCUCCUGGACCACCCUCAAACUCCCAUGAAGAUCGCUCAAGACCAGUGGGCAAGGAUUCUCGAAGCUCGCUACGCGAACAGUCGCCUCUUGGUCCACCCUCAAAACGCAAGAGAACGCGCAGUCCCUCGCCUCGAAGUCAACGGCCGCUUCCUCGCUCAUCUUUCUCCAAACACGGCGACAGACGCGACCGCAGCCCUCCCUCAGGACCCCGUGGGCGAUUUUUGGGGCGCGGCGGACCACGCGGUCGAUCGCCUCACCGAGGGCGGGACCGUAGGGGCCGAGACCGCCGUCGCCCUGAAUUUUCUCGAUCCGCACAUUCAAGAUCACCAGGUCCGAAUAAUGAGUAUCGAGGCUCACCUGAUCGUCGACCGAGGUCCCCUGCAGAUGACUACAGUGACAGGGGUUCUCGGCCUCGUUCUCGCUCUCUAUCACGGCAUUCUGCACGUUCAGCUGGAUCAAAAGUAUCCGCUUCCUCCGCCUUCCACAAAGGCGAUGAUGGUUUCCACCCAAGCCGAUCACAUCACCCCGCUCGCUCUGAUCGCAGUCGUCCCCACUCACCUGUCUAUCGAACACAGACUGCCCACGGCGGCAACACAGAUCGAUCGAGUACUGGUCGUGGAGGUUCACGAGAGAACUUCUCGUCUCGACAUGAGGACUCUCCCCAUGAAUCUACUCGGUUUGUUGGACAGAACGAUGGCAGGACUUCUUCUCAGUCUGUACCAGUGGCAUGAAACAGGUCGUCAUUCACCCGGCGAUGGCUUGGGGAACGCUUCUAAGCGUCAUUUCAACAGUGCUCACUGGACUGCUACAGAAUCCGAUAGCCGCGGCGGGUUCACGAGCCCUCGGGAUGGCCCUUCAGGCUCAAAGUCCUCUUCUACUCACCUGCAAUCUGCCGACCAGAUAGGAUCUCCGCGCCCGGUCGAAGCAGAAGAAUGGCGCAGGUCUGGUGAAAGAAUCCCCGAAAGAGAGAAUGGUCGAGCUCGCUCUCCAGUGGCGGAAAAUGUCAGCAAGACGACAGCGCCUCCUAAUCGGGAGGUGCAGCCUUCUACCCCCGUCAGCAAAGGAGGCAAGUUUAGCUUCACAUUGAAGCCAAAAACAACGCCAGCGACUGGCCCGAAGCCUGUUCCCGAUCUCGCGCAGCGUAUGCAAGUGCGAGAGCCUCCCCCACGUGCUCCAGCCGCUGAACCUCCUACACCUCGCAACCGCUUGACAAAUGGGCCCAUGCCAACGUACAAGCCUGAGCCACGAUUCGAACGGAGGGACCGAGGGCGCGAUCGGGGUCGCGAUCGAGGACGUGAACCUAGAGAUCGUCGCGACUUUCGUGAUCAGCGAGACUCUAGGGAUUUCCAUGGCGAAUAUCGCGAUCACAGGGAAGACCGUCGACUCGACAACCGCCGAGACCGGCGCAAAAAUGAUCGCCGUUUUGACACGCGUGAUGACCAUCGGAAAGCUCCAGUUUCGGGGUUGCCGCGAGAUGAAAUUCCUAAGCCGAAACAGAUCCUUACCCGUCUAAAACCACGACCAACCAUACCCGACGAGUUUGCACAGGCAGAUUCCGUGUAUUACCGAAAGCCUGGCAAUGAAUCUGUCAUUGGCGCCGGCACCUAUGGUAAGGUCUUCAAAGGUAUUCACGUCUACACCCAACGCAAAGUGGCAUUGAAGAAGAUCCGCAUGGAAGGCGAAAAAGACGGCUUCCCUGUAACUGCUGUCCGCGAGAUCAAGCUACUUCAACACCUCCGAAACAAUAAUGUUGUCAGUCUCCUGGAGGUGAUGGUUGAGAGAAACGAAUGUUUCAUGGUCUUUGAAUACCUCUCGCAUGAUCUUACUGGUCUGAUUAACCAUCCCACCUUCUCUCUUACUCUCCCCCACAAGAAGGACCUCGCCAAGCAGAUGUUUGAAGGCCUACGCUACCUCCACCACCGCGGCGUGCUGCACCGAGAUAUCAAGGCAGCCAAUAUUCUGAUCAGCAACACCGGUUUAUUGAAGUACGCAGAUUUUGGCCUCGCUCGAUUCUUCUCCAAGAACCGGCAACUGGACUACACCAAUCGGGUGAUCACGAUCUGGUACCGACCUCCAGAACUACUUUUGGGCGAAACACGGUACGGCCCCGGCGUCGAUGUGUGGAGCGCAGCCUGUGUGUGCAUGGAAAUGUUCACCAAGAAGGCCGUGUUCCCGGGAGAAGGCAGUGAGCUCAGUCAGCUUGAGAAAAUUUACCAAUGCUUGGGUACUCCGACUCGGGCCGAAUGGCCGGAUCUUGUCGAGAUGCCGUGGUUCCAACUCAUGCGGCCCACGGAGCGGAAGAAGCGAGUCUUUGAGGAGCUGUACCGCGAUAUUUUGACCCCCGCGGCGCUGGACAUGAUCACCGCGGUUUUCAACUAUGACCCCAGCAAGCGGCCGACUGCGGAGGAGGUACUCCAACAUCCAUUCUUCACCUCCGAGGCGCCAUCUCCUCAGCAAGCUACCGAGCUGGAACACGUUGAAGGGGAUUGGCAUGAGUUUGAAUCUAAAGCCAUGCGAAAAGAGGCCCGGCGCAUCGAGCAGCAAAGCCAACGCGAACGAGACAAGCGCAAGGCCGAAGCGUCGGUAUCGACAGGCGAUCGAGACACCAAGCGGGCUCGCGCAGAAGGUGGCGAGGCGACCUCUGGAACGCGUUGA